AAGAAAUUUUACACCAAAAGAAGUUCUCUGAACCUCGACUGACAGUGUUUCCUGGGAAAGGAAAUCUGACAGUAUUUGUGAUGUGGUUUGAAGAUAAUGAAGAUUUACUUAGCAACUAUCUGACACAAACAGUUUCCUGUGUCGUACUAAUGGAUAACAGUUUCAAGAAUGUAAUCUGAAAAUUUUUCAAGAUGCCUGCCACUGAAAUGAGAUGAAACAUCCGGACAGUUUCUAAAGUUUAAAAUGUCCUCAGUGAAAAACAUCCAGACAGUUUCUUCAGUUAAAAAUGUCCUGAGGGAAAAACAUGAGCCCAAAUUCUACAUUUGAUGCAAUUUCAGCUGACAACUCCUGACUUGAUUGGACUUUGUCAUAUCUGUUAUCAAAGUUUAUGGUUGGAGGUGAAGGACGAAAAACAAAGAUGGAGUCGUGCUUAGCAGUUGAACGAGAAGUUGAGAGAGUCUUAUCGAAAUUUAGCGGUCUUCAAGACCACUCAAAGAAGAAUUUAGAGGAUUUGAUUUCGUCCAUUCAGAGUAUUCAAAAGGAACUCGACGAAGCUCCCGAUGAACAUGAAAUCACGCCAACACAAUCGCUGAUUUUGAUGCAGACGAUUCGCAAAAUAAAGGAGGCCAUAUCAAGAAUGGGACAGGAACAUAAGGACCUCCACAGCACUGUGUCGAAAGUUGGGAAAGCCGUCGACAGAAAUUUUGUGACAGAUUUCACAUCCAUAUCCCAAGACAGUAAUCUGGAGGAUGAUAAUAAAAGACUCCUGCUAAACGAAGUCAUCACCGAACACUUCAUGAGACAGGGGAUGCUGCAUAUUGCAGAUGCUCUCAUUGAGGAUGCAAAUUUAGAAAUCGCUCCUGACAAGAAGGAACCAUUUUUGGAGUUGCACAGAAUCCUCGGGGCCUUGAAGCAGAGGGAUUUAGCUCCAGCUUUAAGAUGGUCAGAAGAGAACAGAGACAGACUGAAUGAGACUCGGAGUUCGUUGGAAUUUAAACUCCAUCGCCUGCGCUUCAUUGAUUUCCUUAAAAAAGGUCCCUCCCACCAGUUACAGGCCCUUCAGUACUCGAGGAACUUUGCAGCAUUUGCAGAUAGACAUGCCAGAGAUUUACAGAUUCUGAUGGGGAGUAUGCUGUACCUCCACCAGGGGAUUGAAAACUCUCCAUACUCUCACCUCCUGGCUCCGAUAUACUGGGACGAAAUCUGUGAUGUCUUUACGAGGGAUGCCUGCACAUUGCUAGGAAUGUCUGUCGAAAGUCCAUUAAGUGUCAGUAUUCGAGCUGGUUGUCUGGCCCUUCCUCCGCUGCUAAACAUCAGACAGGUGAUGCAACAGCGACAAGUGUCGGGAGUUUGGAGCAGCAAGGAGGAACUACCAGUGGAGAUUGACCUCGGCAGAGAGUACAGAUACCACUCCAUCUUCGCAUGUCCGAUUCUACGACAGCAAAGCACGGAUACAAACCCCCCAAUGAGAUUGAUCUGUGGCCAUGUCAUUUCUCGUGAUGCUCUUGGCAAACUCUCCAACAACAACAAGGUGAAGUGCCCCUAUUGCCCAGUGGAACAGCUUCCUUCUGACGCCAAGCAAGUCUUCUUCUAAUUCCCUGUCUGAAUUUGUAAGACGGCCACAUUACCAAAGUCUCCUGGUGAUGACGGUAGCAGACAUAUGACCAACAUGUUGUCAAAUGUAUAUAUAUAUUAUCUACAUGUACAUCAGGGUUAAUCUAUUGCAAGGGUGUUUUAACCAUUUGGAAAUUGAAGUCUUUUGAUGUACAUCUGUUUUAUGAUCAGGAGAUUUGGUGGUUCAUUAAUCCAUCAGCUGUGGACGAGCAGUGAGGUAGUCUAGAGCAAGAAUUUUUGUGUGACUGCAAUGUCGUACAAUAAGUCUUGUGUGAACAUGACUGUAGGGUCAUACGAUGCAGAUCUUGAUGACAUGGCUGUAAGCACCACAGCUUAGUGUUCUACACUCUGAACAAACAUUACAGGUUUAUUAUGGGAUAACCCGGCCUUAAUUCGGGGAUUGUCUGAAGUCACACGAUUAAAAGACUCAAUCACUAACAGUGGAGUUCAAAUCAAAAGAAACCUUCCCUGUGAGAAGAUAUCUGUGUUGUGUAUGAGAUAUUUAACCUGUUACUCAUUACUGUGUGGAUUUUUUUGUAUACUAGCCUACAUGUACAUAAACAAGGAUGAGAAUGAUUGUCUAUUUCUGUGUGUCUUAAAAUCAAUACUAAUGUAGAUCGAUCCUCAUGUGAUUUCAUUGGUUUUUGCAAAAAAUCUUUAUUGAAUUAAACUUUGCGCUUGAUAGAAGUAUAUUUUUCAGAGGAAUUUUAUUCACUGUAUAAAAUUUUCAAAAAUUGGUAAACUGUUGAUAGUGAAAAAUUUCAUAUUUUCCAUAGAGAAUCAAUUAUUUAUAAUUAUGAAAAAUGUUGUCACGGGCAACUGUUAUGUUGGUAAUUCCUCUACUGUAUGUCUAUCAUACAAUAUUUUCCUUAAUACCCACAAUUAAUUUAUACAUAUUUAUUAAUAAGCAAUUUUCAAAAACUGACGACUUUAAAGAUUUAUCAUUUUAACAAGUUUUUAUGUAUUUUUUAUUCUGUUUUAUCAAAACAUGUGAUUUUCUGAUCUUGACCUAUACUUCUGUUUUUGUUAUGUCUGACAUCUUAAAAAAGGUGGCAACAUACUCAUUUUCUUUGGAUAAUUAUUAAAUCAAACUAUAUUGAGUGGAAAUUAAUACAGUUUUUCCACUUUCAACCAUUUAGUCACAAAAUAAAGUGGAACUAUCUUAAAUCACAUUUGAUUUGCUAUGUAUUACAUGUACUUAUAAUGAAUUCUCACUUACAGUAAAACACGGUUACAGUGAACAUGCUUAUAAUAAAUUCACACUUACAGUAAAACAUGGUUACAGCAAACGCAUUUAUAAUGAAUUCAUGCUUACAGUAAAACAUGGUUACAGCAAACACACUUAUAAUGAAUUCAUGCUUACAGUAAAACAUGGUUACAGCAAACACACUUAUAAUGAAUUCGUGCUUACAGCAAAGUGAUUAUGAACUUAUUAGAUAUAACAAAUUAUGUUUAUAACGAAUCAAAAAAAAAUUCCCCAGCACUUCGCUUUAAGUGUGUUUUACUGUACACUGGUAUUUUAAGAUGAACAAUUCCCGAUGAACAUAUUAGAUAAAUUCAAUCUUCCUUUGCUAGUCCAAUCCAAAACAUUGUGAUAUGCUAUUCCAUACUAUUGGGUAAUUAAGAGUUAUCUCCCUCAAGAUCAGGAAAAUUUUUAUGUCUUGUCAUUUAUUCCUCUAGGUCACAGCAGUGUUUGUUUACAUCAUUCAGGAAAUCUCAAUGUGACAAAAAACUAAAGCAAACAGACUGCUUUAUGUAGAAAACAAAUACUGACUAAGCUUAGCAUGGUUAGGUAACUUGUGUCAGGAGACAAUUUUGAAUAAGAUAGAAUUGCAAUGUUCUUGUGUUAGUAUUUGUUCCGCAGACAUUGAGGGAGAAAUAGACAGCCCCAUUUUCUGCUCCUGCUGACUAUAUCAGUCAGUUGAGACAGUGCUGUGUGUUUGUGAAUACCUGUAAUGUAACUAUCUGAAUAGAACCAAUAAAUUAUUUUACAAACAGA